CGUCAACGAAUGAGCGAGUCCACAUGGCUUGCUGCCCAUGAAGCAACCAUGUAACUAGACAACAUGCCUGUGUCAUUUGCGAGCUCGCUGGGGUCUCACCGACUGAUGAAGUACAAGAAGACAGACUUGCCAUAAUCCCACCCUCUCUCUUUUCGUCCAAGCAGCCUCACUCAUCAUGAACUCCAUCCUCCAUCUUUCGCUUUUGCUAUGCAGCCUAUGGUCCCACACGACACAGGCGGUACCUGCAGCCUCGGGUCAAGGUCAGGAUCCAGUCCUGACCACUGUCAAGAACACACCUGAUCUGUCGACUUUCUACUCCUUGAUCCUCAGUACCGGCGGAGACUCCGGAAAGCCAGGGCCCGAACUGGAGGAAAGAUUCAACGAUCUGAGGCAGGGUCUGAAAUAUACAGUGCUGGCUCCAACAAAUGAGGUCAGCUGAUGAAAACCGUGGCGCUGUGUACUGAACUCACACAAGACGUUCAGGCAUUUGCGAAUGUGGAUCCUGCUGUGCUCGAAGAGCUUAAAUCACCAAAGCUCUUCGCUUUAUUGAACAGCUUUCUCCUCAACCACAUCUUGCCAGACGAUAAUCAAGAUCUCAGCUCCACCACCGUCAAAGCGAUCGGUGGCUUCACUUUCACAUUCGAUGC